AUGGAAUAUUCAUGUCUUCAAUUGAAUGAUUUACCAGAUGAAAUACUUUUGAUAAUCUUCAAGAAGGUGAACAACGUCGCUCUACUUUAUUCUUUAUUUGACGUUAAUAAGCGACUCAAUAAAAUUUUACAUGAUCCAAUUUUUACAAGUCAUUUGAGUUUACUAAACUGUCACUCGAGUGAUUGUAUUUAUCGAUUAUCUGGUACAAUACUUGAUCGAUAUUGUUUACAAAUUUUACCUAAAAUUCAUCAUAAAUUGGAAUGGCUUAAUCUUGAAUCAUCAUCAAUGACACGUAUUCUUCUUUGUACAGACUAUCCAAAGUUAUGUGGACUUGGUUUAUACAAUCUUGAUAGACAAAAAGCAAUACGACUCGUUUCUGAUGAAACUCUGUUAUUUCAUAAAUUUAAAAGUAAAAUAUUAUCACUUGUUAUCAAGAUGAGUCGAAAUGGCCAUAUAAGUAUUGAAGAAAAUGCGAACACAUUUAUAUUUACACAUAUUUUUACUAUGUUCACCAAUUUACAAUAUUUAAAUUUUGCUUCAUCUUGCAUGUCGUAUCAAAUAUUAUCAUUUGAUUUAUCACCCCCAUCUGUUUUCUCGUCAAAUCUAUUAGAAUUACAUGUCAAUUUGGAUCGAUUCAAUGAUUGUCUUUAUUUACUUGAUGGACGUUUCAAUCAACUUCGUAAACUUUAUGUUAAUAUUUAUGAAAUUAUUCCUUCACGCUUAGUAAUUGAUAAUAAAGAAAAACUUUCUAAUUUAAGAUGUUUUGGGGUAUACUCUGAUCUCGUUAUAUAUACAUAUGAUGAACUAAUUGUACCACUUCUACAUCGAAUGUCGAAUUUAGAUGAACUCACUUUGGAUUUGACAAUCUUGGACAGAAAAACAUUUGUUGAUGGAAACAACUUAAAAGAUAUUAUCGAUCAUAUGGUACAAUUAAAGAAAUUUACAUUUAAUAUUCAUUCGACCAUUACUCUUAACAAUCAAAUUAAUUUACCAUCCAAUGAAAAUAUUCAAAACUCAUUCAAAGAUUUUAAACAUAAUCAAAUUAUAUGUUGUGUUAAUUAUUUUUCAGAGAAAUUAGAAGGUCUAUGUCGUAUUUAUUCAUGUCCAUAUAUAUCGAAAGUGUGCAAGAAUAUAACAAAUAGUUUUUCAGGUGGAUUAUUUGAAUGUGUUCGUGAAAUAUCAUUAUUUGAUGAACAGCCUUUUGAACAUGAAUUUUUUCUUCGAAUUGCUCAGUCGUUUCCAUUGAUGAAAAAAUUAACAUUAGUUAAUAGAAAAGCACAAAAGAAUAAAUCAAAAGAUGAUCAUCAAGAUUUGACAAUCGCUAAAUAUUCUCAUCUUAAAGAUAUAGAUCUAUAUGAAGCUCAUGAAGAUUAUAUUGAACAAUUUCUGCUUAAUACUAAAACAUGGUUACUAUAUAAUGUCGAACUUGUUACUAAUCAUCAACUAUUAGAAAAAGUUACACACAAUUUUCGAAGAGAUGCAACAAGCAUUAAUUGUUCAAAAAUAGAUUAUUUGUAUGAUAAUACUAUUUGUUCACUUCCAAAACAUUUCAAUAAGUAUUUUUUUCAUACAUGUGCAAUUUAA